UCUGGUUUCCUCCCGACUUCUUAACUCCCAGGGUUGCGGCCAGCGGACGCGGAUCUUCCGCGGGUCUUUCUCCGGCGAUGUGAGAAGCGCCGCUGCUGCCGCCGCCUGCGCCGGAGCGCAUCCCCCGCGGCCGCGGAACGAUGGAGCGCGCAACGAGGCUGUUCCUGGCGCUGGAUGUCCUGUGCCUCGUGGUUGCCUCCCUGCCGUUCAUCAUCCUGACACUGGUGAACUCCCCCUACAAGAGGGGCUUCUAUUGUGAAGACACCUCCAUCCGCUACCCCUACAAGGCAGACACCAUCACCCACGGAGCAAUGGCCGGCGUGACGAUUCCGUGCACCGUUCUCAUUAUUUCUGCCGGUGAGGCAUACCUCGUCUACACUGAGCGCCUGUACUCUCGCUCCAAAUUCAACAAUUACCUGGCCGCCCUCUACAAGGUGGUUGGGACCUUCUUGUUUGGCGGUGCCAUCAGCCAAUCGCUGACAGACCUGGCGAAGUACACGAUUGGGCGACUGCGGCCCAACUUCCUGGCGGUCUGCAAUCCCGAUUGGUCGAAAGUCAACUGCUCGGUUUAUGUCCAGCUGGAAGACAUCUGCCAGGGCAAUGCCAAAGACAUCACGGAGUCCAGGUUAUCGUUCUAUUCCGGACACUCCUCGUUUGGAAUGUACUGUAUGAUGUUCCUAGCACUCUACGUCCAAGCACGCCUGGUUGGGCGAUGGGCACGCCUGGUUCGCCCUACCAUCCAGUUCUUCCUGAUCUCCUUCGCCAUUUUCGUGGGCUACACCCGGGUCUCGGACUAUAAACACCACUGGAGCGAUGUGUUGUUGGGGCUCCUGCAAGGAAUGCUGAUCGCUAUCCUCAUUGUCCGCUAUGUCUCGGACUUCUUCAAGCAUCGGCCCCCAGCCCUAUGCGCCGAAGACCCCUCUCACAAGCCCAACCUGGCCCUCAGCGAGCCAGAUCGGAACCAUUACACCUACGAAGACGCGGCCUGAACGUUUGCCUGAAGUCGUGUCUUCUCUUUUUCUGGGGGGGCAGAAAGACUCACUUCCGCCGCUCGUCCGAAAUCGCCUUCCUCCUUUCCGAAAAGCCUUUUGCUUUUGAACUUUCGCGGCGAUGGAGAUCAUUGGCCGGAUAUUUCCCCCUCGGUCCAUUUUUAUUUUUUACCGUUUACUCGGAGGCAGCGACGCCCAUUAUAACUGCACAAUGUAUUUUGCACCUCUAAGAUUGCUGCACGCCCCCCGAAAAAGAAAAAAAGAAUCUGGGAAAGGCAGGAAACGGACUCUUUUUCUUGCAGAAGUUGCCUUUUUGAGUUCUGUUAUCGCAGGAAUCUCGGGAUUGUGGUU